AUGGCUACCGAGAUGCUAGAGAACAGCUUAUCGCUAUCCAUGGUCCCGCCAAUCGGGCUUCAUGUAAGGGAUCUCUCCAUCAUUGCCUCCAAGACAGACACCGUGCUGGUCAAUUCAUUCUCUUUGGACCUCCCCAGUGGGUCUGUGAUGGCUGUCAUGGGUGGGUCAGGGUCUGGGAAGACUACGUUGUUGAAUGUCCUGGCGUCCAAGAUAAGCGGUGGACUGAAGACGGACGGGGAUAUACAUUAUAUCUUGGAGGAGAAACCACAGAGGGACAGUGAGCAAGAGCAGGAAGUGCAAGAUCAUGUGAAAAUGGCAUAUUUACCACAACAGGAUGUUCUUUCAGCUAGGUUGACAUGUAGAGAAACACUAAUGUAUGCGGCUGAUUUAAAAUUGGAUCGAUCCAAAGAAGAGAAGAAAUUAGUAGUGGAUCAGUUGAUUCAUGAACUGGGGUUGAAAGACUGUGCAGAGACGCUCGUGGGAGAUAAUACACAUAGGGGACUCUCGGGUGGAGAGAAGAGACGUCUAUCAGUCGGGACUCAAAUGAUUUCAAACCCUUCGAUAAUGUUCUUGGAUGAACCCACCACGGGACUGGACGCUUAUUCAGCAUAUCUUGUCGUUAAGACUUUGAAGAAAUUAGCAAAGGAGGAUGGAAGAACGUUCAUCAUGUCCAUUCAUCAACCAAGAUCAGAUAUCUUAUUUUUGUUGGAUCAAGUUUGUAUCCUUUCCAAAGGGAAAGUCGUCUAUUGUGACAAGAUGCCAAAUACUAUACCUUAUUUCGACAAACUAGGAUAUAAAGUACCGCAACUAGUUAACCCUGCUGACUAUUUCAUUGAUAUAUCCAGUGUAGACGGAAGAUCAGAUUCCGCUCAAGAUGAAACGUCAAAACGAUUAGAAUCAUUAGUGGAAGCAUGGAAAGACUACGAAACAAACACAUUGAAUUUUAAACCGGUAGAUACCUCCAGAGAAAUUGAAGUGGAAAAUAUGUCCAAUCAAUUAUCAUAUUGGAAACAAGUUGCAGUGUUGACAAGAAGGAACUAUAAAUUGAAUACCAACGAUUAUGUAACGCUCAUAGCAACGUUUGGUGAACCUAUAGUCAUGGGUGCCAUUGUGGGAUGGGUUUAUUAUAAACCUGAUAAGACUACCACAGGUGGCUUAAGAACCAUAACGUCUUGUUUAUAUGCGUCCGUGGUGGUUCAAUGUUAUCUAUAUCUUCUUUUCGACACAUACCGUCUAUGUGAACAAGAUAUCGCACUCUAUGAUCGUGAAAGAGCUGAGGGAUCUGUUACUCCCGUGGCAUUUAUGACAGCAAGAAAAUUAUCGUUAUUUUUUUCUGAUGACAUUAUGAUGAUACUGUUAUUCACAUCGAUUACUUACUUUAUGUGGGGGUUGGAGGCAAAUGCUGGUAAAUUUUUCUUCCAAUUUUCCAUUAAUUUCUUAUCACAACUAUGUUGUUCAGGAUUAGCUAUGGUUUCUGUAGCAGUAUCUAGAGAUUUCUCAAAGGCAUCUCUAGUGGGUAAUUUAAGUUUUACCUUAUUAUCAAUGAGUUGUGGGUUCUUCGUUAACGCUAAAGUAAUGCCCGUUUACGUGCGUUGGACGAAAUAUAUAGGGUUCACUUGGUAUGGGUUCGGUACUUUAUUGUCGAAUACAUUUUCAGAUAAUUUUUGUACUUCAGACGAUCCUGAAUCCUGUAUGGGGAAUGAAAUUGUGAAAACGUUUGGGUUCCCCCUUCAUUGGAAAACAGUACCAGCAGUCAUUCUAUUCUGUUGGGUUAUUGGAUACUAUGCUGUGGCCUUGCUUAUAUUAUACAUUAAUAAAGUGGAUAUUACCCUUCAAGGUGAAAUUAAAUCUAAAACAAAGAAGAUAUCCAAGAAAGAUGAAGCUACAAAAGAAAGUUUGGAUCCAUUUGCAAGUUUGACAAAGGAAACUGAUAUAGAUAUCGAGUCAAGAAGUGGAUCCACUUCAGAAAUUACAAUUACAUUGAAAGAUAUUGAUUUAGAAGUUGACUAUUUAACGUUUUUCAGUGAUAUCAAAACAGGAUUAUACCACCAUCAGUCAAAACAGAUUUUACAAUCUAUUAAUGCUACAUUUAAACCUGGGAUGAUCAAUGCCAUUAUGGGACCGUCAGGUUCAGGUAAAUCCACCCUAUUGAAUUUAGUGUCAGGUAGAAUUGAAUCAUCAUUCUUUGCCAAAUUUGCAACCACUGGAUCCAUUAUGUUUAAUGAUGUUCAAAUUUCGGAGGAAAUGUUCAAAAAUGUUUGUUCAUAUGUAUCACAAGAUGAUGAUCAUCUGUUAGCCAAAUUGACAGUUCGUGAAACUUUUAAAUUCGCAGCUGAUUUAAGAUUACAUAACUUAACUGAAGAGCAAAGAGUUAUAAAAUCAGAUGAAUUGAUUAGAGCGUUAGGUUUAAAACAUUGUGAGAAUAAUAUUAUUGGUAACGAAUUUAUUAAAGGUAUUAGUGGUGGGGAAAAGAGAAGAGUCACAAUGGGUAUCCAAUUAUUAAAUGAUCCACCAAUCGUUCUAUUAGAUGAACCAACAUCAGGUCUAGACAGUUUUACAUCCGCAACAAUUUUGGAAAUCUUAAAGAAAUUAUCAGUAGAGUAUGGUAAGACAAUUAUUAUUACCAUUCAUCAACCAAGAUCUGAAUUAUUUAAACAAUUUGGUAAUGUGCUGUUACUAGCUAAAUCUGGUAGGACUGCAUUUAAUGGAUCGCCAAAUGAAAUGAUUGAAUAUUUUGCAUCAUUGGGUUAUGAUUGCCCCGAAUUUACUAACGUUGCCGAUUUCUUUUUGGAUUUAAUUUCCAUUAAUACUCAAAAUGAUCAAAAUGAAUAUACUUCUAAGACUAGAGUGGAAAACAUUUUGACAUCAUGGAAGGAACAUUCAAAUAGAUACUCAUUUAAUACACCAAUGGACGAGAAAAAUGAAAUGUCUCAUGAGACAUUUUUACUCGAAUAUGGUGAUUGUGUAAGGAAACCAUGUGCCUCAUGGCUUGCAUACGUUGUAAAUGUGAGGAGGCAAUUCAUAACGACAACAAGAAAUUUUGAUUCUUUAAUGGCUAGAAUUGCACAAAUCCCGGGACUUGGUGCUAUAUUUGCAUUAUUUUUUGCUCCAUUGAAGCAUAACUAUACGAGUAUAAGUAAUAGAUUAGGUUUAGCCCAAGAGUCGACAGCAUUAUAUUUUGUUGGUAUGCUUGCCAAUUUGGCAUGCUAUCCAACUGAAAGGGAUUAUUUCUAUACUGAAUAUGACGAUAAUGUCUAUGGUAUUGGUCCAUUUUUCCUGGCAUAUUUGACAUUAGAGCUACCACUUUCCCUGUUGGCGUCAGUAAUGUAUGCAGUGUUUACUGUCCUUGCCUGUGGGUUACCAAGAACUGCCGCAAAUUUCUUUGUUACAGUGUACUGUUCAUUUGUGGUAACAUCAUGUGGUGAAGCACUUGGAAUUAUGACUAAUACAUUCUUUGAAAGACCUGGUUUUGUGGUUAAUUGUAUAUCGGUCAUCUUAUCCAUUGGUACUCAGAUGUCUGGUUUAAUGUCGCUACACAUGCCUAGGGUGUUGAAAGGGGUAAAUUAUUUGAAUCCUGUUGGAUACACCUCUGCAAUUAUCAUCAACUAUGCAUUCCCUGAAUCAAUGAAACUGACUUGUAAUGACGGAGGGAUGAAUCCUGAUGGAACAUGUCAAAUGCCGAAUGGGAAAUCCGUCUUAGAAGCAUAUGCUUUGGUAGCAGAUACUCAAAAAUAUCUGGGAGUUAUCAUUUGUGUUGCCAUUAUCUAUCGUCUCAUCGCAUUUUUUAUCCUAAAGGCUAAAUUAGAGUGGAUAAAAUGGUGA